CAAGAACGCAUCGCGCGCGAGGUGAUGGUGGAAGCCGAUAUGCGGCAGGCGGGGAGGAUGUGAGGUGCGCGCUGCGCGUGUAUAGGGAGGAUGCUGCUGGUGUACAGAAGAGUUCGCAAGUGUACAGGUGUGCGGGUGUACAUGUGUGCUGCCGACGCGCACUGCUCGGCAACAGGGGAAGCGAAGACGGGACCGGGAACAUUUUCCAUCUCUGCAGACUAUGACCCUCGGAAUCCACCCCGACCGCGGGGUGCUCCGCGCCCGCCACCGCGCCCUCUUGAUGCGCCUCCGCCCCAGCCACGGUCGCCGCCACCACCAUAUCCACCUCCACCACCGAAGCCGCCGCGACCACCGCCGCGGGGGCCUCCCCGGCCGCGCGAUUGGAAUCCUCCACCGCGGGGUGCACCACGUCCGCCGCCCCGGCCGCCUGGACCACCUCGUCCUGCACCGCGCUUUUUGACGCCGCCUGCUGCUUUAGGUUUAGGAAGGAAGC